AUGGGUCUUAUCGCGUUCAUUCUCGACGGCAUCUGCAAGCAUUGCUCGACGCAGUCAACAUGGGUGCUUGUGGGAGUCGGACUACUGUCCAUCCUCGCUGUAUCUGUCAUUGCCAAUGUGCUGCAGCAGCUACUGUUCAAAAAUCCUCACGAGCCUCCUGUGGUCUUCCACUGGUUCCCCUUUAUUGGUAGCACCAUCAGUUAUGGCAUUGAUCCGUACAAGUUCUUUUUCGACUGCCGCGCAAAGUAUGGCGAUAUCUUCACAUUCAUUCUACUUGGCAAGAAGACAACGGUGUAUCUUGGUACGAAGGGCAAUGACUUCAUUCUAAACGGCAAGCUGCGAGAUGUUUGCGCUGAGGAGGUGUAUUCACCACUCACUACGCCUGUUUUUGGUCGACAUGUCGUGUAUGACUGCCCUAAUGCUAAGCUUAUGGAGCAGAAGAAGUUCGUCAAAUACGGUCUCACCUCUGAUGCGCUCCGAUCUUAUGUUCCCCUAAUUACGGAUGAAGUAGAGAGCUUUGUCAAAAAUUCUCCGGCCUUCCAGGGACACAAGGGCGUCUUCGAUGUAUGCAAAACAAUCGCUGAAAUCACCAUUUACACUGCUUCGCGCUCGCUUCAAGGGAAAGAAGUUCGAAGCAAAUUUGAUUCCACAUUCGCAGAGUUGUACCAUAACCUUGACAUGGGCUUCGCUCCUAUCAACUUCAUGUUACCCUGGGCCCCCCUGCCCCACAACCGCAAAAGGGAUGCUGCGCAGCGUAAAUUGACCGAAACUUAUAUGGAAAUCAUCAAAGCACGCCGUCAGACUGGCAGUAAGAAGGAUUCUGAAGACAUGGUCUGGAACCUCAUGUCCUGCGUUUACAAGAACGGCACACCGGUUCCCGAUGAGGAAAUCGCUCAUAUGAUGAUUGCUUUGUUGAUGGCGGGUCAGCAUUCUUCCUCUUCUACUGCUUCCUGGAUUGUUCUGCGCCUUGCGACGCGGCCUGAUAUAAUGGAAGAGCUAUAUCAGGAACAAAUUCGUGUUCUCGGAUCCGAUUUGCCUCCACUCACGUUUGACAAUUUGCAGAAGCUGGAUUUGCACGCGAAGGUCAUCAAGGAGACUCUACGCUUGCAUGCACCGAUUCACUCGAUCAUUCGAGCCGUGAAGAAUCCCAUGGCUGUGGAUGGUACUUCAUAUGUGAUCCCGACAUCUCAUAAUGUUCUCUCUUCUCCAGGCGUCACUGCCAGGUCUGAGGAGCACUUCCCAAAUCCACUCGAAUGGGACCCUCACCGUUGGGAUGAGGACAUUGCAGCUAGCGCUGAGGACGAUGAGAAAGUUGAUUAUGGCUACGGGUUAGUUAACAAGGGCACCAAUAGCCCGUACCUCCCGUUUGGCGCUGGACGGCAUAGGUGCAUUGGCGAGCAAUUUGCAUAUCUUCAGCUUGGCACAAUCACCGCUGUACUUGUGCGGUUAUUCAAAUUCCGUAAUUUGCCAGGAGUCGAUGGCGUCCCCGACACAGAUUACUCUUCUCUGUUCUCCAAACCGCUGGGCCGAUCUUUUGUGGAGUUUGAAAAGCGCGAGUCCGCUACCAAAGCCUGA